AUGAUUAGCAGACAUAAUAUCUUAUAAAAGGUGGUAGCAGCCCUUAGAGAAGUUUUAAAGAAAACAUCCCUCAAUAAGGAUUUAAGAGGAAUAUCUUUUGAAUAUUAAUUAUCUGAAACAGCACCAGUUCGCUUGAGAUGCAGAAUGCAAGCAAAUGGAACUAAAUUAAAAGAAUAGGUUGGACAAUCUUUAACUAAAGAAAUUUGGAGACUUGGAAUGUUUGAAGAUUUUAUGGAUAAAUUUAAGUACUUCCUAAAAAUACUCAAAAAAGUUAAACCAAUGAUUUUUGAAGGUUGGACUCCUAAACAACUUAACAUCUUGUUAAUGGAAGCAGAAGAAGCUGCUUAAAAUCUUGCACUCGAAAAUAAAAUAAUUGGAGCUUAUUUUCUUAACCGUUAAUUUUGA